AUGGCAUUACAACCCUGUGUCCUAUCAGAUCGUCUUCAUCUUGAUCUGGUAGAAGCUGCCUACAACCCUCCAACAUCUUACAAUGCUGUUCUUCUACUUCAUAUCAUACAGCUAAGGAGAAGAAAACCUCUCGAUUUAGAGUCUAUCGAAUACAUAGCCAAGGCUCUGACAAAUAACUGGCAUGAUAAAUCAAAGGAUCCUUGUUACAUUCACGAAGUCGUCCUGUUUAUCAAAGAAUUGACCGAAGCUACCUUUUCUCCUGAACACACUCUGGAUGAGGCACUUUAUAUUGCAGCUCGAUCGCCUUAUUCAAAAGGACUGCCAGUUAUCUGCCCAGCUACAACAACCGCUUAUGCUGUACACUUUAUUGCCAAUUUAAAAAAGAGAUGCCAAAGAGCCAAUAAAUAUAUCACUUGUAUCAAACGCCUAUUCUUAAUCGCUUAUAUCAUGGCUGCAAAAUACAUUCAAGUCAACCUACUCAGCGUUAUUUGUAUACCUGCUCUAAUCGAAAACCUCAAUACAAAUAUUGCCAACGAAUGCUUUGGUCAAAGCAAAGAAAAGUACUGGGACAAAUUGAAUCGAUGUGAACCAAUCUGGUCUAUUCAAAUCCCUUCAGCUGCCUUACACCCGAUCGCAUGUCCCAUUUUCACCGAGACAGUCCAAAGUUGGAUCCAAAAAUCACCUCCUCGUGUGGCAGAGUACAUAAAAAAUAACGCCAUACUUUCUGUCAAUGGUAUCCACCCCAAAACCUUAUGCUACAUGAGCCUGGAGUUCUUGCAUUUACUCGAUUACCGCCUUCAUGUCGGACAAAGCCCUCUACAACUCUGGCCAUGGCUAGGAUCAUUUAUCUAUCCAUACAUACCCCCGGGAAUCACUGUAAAUUAA